AUGAAUUUGAUUCUGACAGUUGGCAUUUUGCACUGGUCCUAUGUGCAAAUACAGAAACAGGAAACAAACUGUAUAGAUACAUGCAGGAUUGAGCCAAGGUACCAAGAGAUGGCGAGUAGGAAUAUUGCAGAAGCUACUGAAGAUGGGGUUAUAGUAAGAAUUAUAGCAGGGGAACUUGGGGAUGAAUAUACACAUGAAUUUUAG